AUGGCACCAGUAAAGAAUCGAAAUGACUUGGACAAACCGGGCUUCUCACCGGCAGAAGAAGAAGUGGGAAUCACGACAAAUUCGCAUCAAAGGACAGACAGAAACCUACAGAAGAUCCAUCGCGAAGUUGACUUCCGCAUCCUUCUGUGGUACUCCUUCGUUUAUCUGAUUAUGCGUAUCGAUGUGACCAAUAUUUCAAAUGCGGCUAUUAUCAACAUCGAAGAGGGAAAUGGAAUUAAGAAGGAACUGGGCAAUUUGUCCAGUGAGCAGUGGGCAUGGGCAUUGAGCAUAUUUUACUAUCCAUAUAUGUUUUUCGAACCAGCAUCUACCGUCCUUUUGAAGAGAUGGUCGCCUUCGAUAUGGAUGUCGAGGAUUAUGAUUACCUGGGGAAUCAUUUCAAUGUGCCAAGGAGCUACUAGAAAUUAUGGUGGCAUUCUUGCUACUCGUUUCUUUCUGGGCUUGGCUGAGGCUGGCUUCUAUCCCGGAGUAUUAUAUCAUCUGAGCUUCUGGUAUAACACAGAUCGAAUGCCACUUCGACUGGCAUUCUUCUACGCAUCUGGCGUUUUUUCAGGAACUAUCAGUGGUUUACUAGCAUAUGCCAUAUCUUUUAUGAACAAAGCGGGUGGGCUUUCGGGAUGGCGCUGGGUAUUCAUCCUCGAAGGCAUCCCGCCUAUUCUUUGUGGAGUAUAUACAUACUUCUUCCUCCCGAAUUACCCUGAGACCUCCGAUUUCUUGUCCGAGUCAGAGAAACAAACUGUACUCGAAGGUCUUUCCAGCGAUGCACCGAAAAUGAAAGCGAAGACCUUCCAAUGGGAAGAAGUCAAGAUUUUACUGCGUGAUCCGACAAUGGUUACGUUUUCACUGCUGUGGAUCACUCAUGGCAUCGGAGGCUGGGGAAUCUCUUUCGUCCUUCCUACUGUCAUCUACGAGUUGGGAAUGACCAACACGGGUAUUGCGCAGUUGAUGUCGAUGCCGCCCUCCAGCCUAGCGUUUCUCACGCUUGUUAUACUAGGCUAUUUCAUUCAUCAAGACAAGUUGAACUGCUGGAUUGUAGCCAUUGCCUUGGAACUUGUAUCAAUCAUUAGUUACAUCAUUUUGCUCACAACUGAUAACACCAUUGUGAAAUACAUAUUCAUUAUGAUUUCCAAUGCAGCAGCAUCGUGUGUUUACCCUGUGAUCUGGCCUGAGCGAAUUCGAGCAGUCAAAGGGACUACAUCAUCAGCCCUUGCUAUCGGAAUCACAAACGCCUGUGCCCAAUUGAUGGGUAUCGUGGGUCCUCAAGUAUAUCAAUCCAAGUUCGGUCCUUCUUACCAUGUCAGUUACGGUACUUCAAUUGGACUAUUAUCAGGAACAGUCAUUUUUAUUGUUCUCAGCUGGAGAUUAUUGAGGCAAAGAAAAUGA